CCCAGAAGAACCUCUAGAAACAUCUUUCACUGCAUUCCCAAGAUCUCUGGAACAACUGUUAGCAUCCUAACCUGUCCUGUAUCAAGGUGUUUCCUACAAUUCAAACUAAACACAAGAAGGUACUCCUUUGCUGCUAUUUCUCUAAAGCUUGUGUAUUCCAGAUCCUGCCUAUUAGAAGGGGGAGCUGGCCACAAAAGUAAAGGCAUCCUUUGUCACCACUGCUGCUACUACUUGCAUCUAUCACUGUUGGUCUCCUUUUUUACUGCCAAGCUGGAGUCACUCAAGCGCUGGAAUGAGGAGAGGAUGGUCUGGUGUGAGAAAGGUGUCCAGAUUUUACUCACCACCGUGGGGGCCUUUGCAGCCUUUGGCCUCAUGAUCAUUGCCAUCGGCACAGAUUACUGGCUGUAUGCCCGUGCCUUCAUCUGCAAUACGACCAACAUCUCUACGGAAGAAACUCCUCAAAAAGACAAAAAGGAUCCUGGAGGGCUUACUCAUUCAGGCCUCUGGAGGAUAUGCUGCUUAGAAGGGCUGAAGCGAGGGGUGUGCGUGAAAAUUAACCAUUUUCCUGAGGACACAGAUUACGAUCACGACAGCGCAGAAUACCUCCUACGUGUGGUACGAGCCUCAAGCAUCUUUCCUAUUCUAAGUGCUAUCUUACUGCUACUGGGAGGAUUUUGUGUGGCUGCAAGCCGUGUCUACAAGUCAAAGCGCAACAUCAUCCUCGGUGCUGGUAUCCUGUUUGUUGCUGCGGGUCUCAGUAACAUAAUUGGCGUCAUCGUCUACAUCUCAGCCAAUGCUGGGGACCCUGGCACAAAACGUGAUGAUGAGAAAAAGAGCCACUAUUCUUAUGGCUGGUCCUUUUACUUUGGUGGCCUUUCCUUCAUUCUGGCUGAGAUGAUUGGGGUUCUAGCAGUUAACAUCUAUAUUGAGAAGAACCGUGAAGCCCAUUGCAAGAGUCGCACGGAGCUCCUGAAGAACCCUUCUUCCUCAUCUUCUGCCAUUUUGCGCCUUCCUAGCUACCGUUUCCGAUACCGCCGCCGGUCGCGCUCCAGCUCCCGCUCUACUGAACCAUCACAGUCCCGAGAAACCUCACCGGUAGGCCUCAAGGGCUUCCCGUCCACCGACAUCUCCAUGUACACACUGUCAAGGGACCCCUCCAAAGCCAAUGUUAGUUCACUUUACGGUGGUGCCAAUGAAACGACAUCAACGGGAGCAACUGCAUCUGGCGCAACUGGUAGUGGGGGCGGGUUCUUGCAAUUGCACAACACUUUCCCCAAGGACCCUGGGGUCACUGUCACAGUGACCGGGCCAGGUGUAGCAGGGGCAACUGGCACCUUGGGUAAAGAUGCCUCCUCAAACACCAACACACUCAACAGGAAGACAACACCAGUGUAGAGAAAGAGGUAAGAGAGGAGAGGGCACUGGAAGGAGAAAAGGUAAAGAGAAGACACGGUUCAAAGUCUGUUGAGAGCAUCAAAAUGUUGUGAAGCAAGAAAACAACCUUCCUUCCUCUCUCCCUCCCUCCCUUCUCUCUUCUGUCCUUCAUCCCUCCCUGAACUCACAUCACUUUUUUAACCCACCAAUGGGAUCUAAGAUCUCACCUCACAUAUUGUAGGAAACACAAAAAGAGUACUUUCAUGUGGGGUGGGGGAGGCUCUCAUGAAAAAUGUGGCAGGGAUCAAACAUAUCUACUACCCAGUUCAAGCAAAAUGAAUCAAGCAUCACUAUCCUUUCAAGCAGAACUUUGAGGAUAACAAGGCUGGAUAUUCUCCACACUGGACUACAUGAGAAGGCUGCUGGUGCAGCUCUUAGGAAGAUGGAAAGUUUAUCUUGCCUACUUCCUUGUGAUGUUCAGGGGCUAGCCAGGCUUCCUAGAUUCUGCAAAAGAGGAAUAAGGGUUGAAAGCAGUGUGUGUAUAGACAGAACUCCUGGCUUUUCCAUAAUGAGCCUCCUUUAAGAUGUCACAGUGUCCUGUGCCAAAUUUAAGGCUGCAGUGUGGAUCAAGAGAGUGUUUGUUCCUCAGCAGGUAUAAGGGAACCCUCUCUUCGCCUCCACUGCAGCUUAAUUAAGGGCUGACAAGAGUUUGUGCCAAAACACAGUGUGUGGGGGGGGGGGAAUAAAAGGGAGGGAGUUUUGAAAAUACAAAAGGACCUAUUGCCCCCUAGUGGUUGCCAGAAGUAUUUGUAAUCCUCUAGGCUUUUACCACUUUUCUUUCCUUCCAAUCUUUGACUGAAGUCUUUUUGGUUUUCAGCCUUCUCUAGUCAUGACUGAGCCAUAGCUCUUCCUGAAAUGAAGCUGUUUCUGGGGAGGAGGAGGUUUCUGCUCUUUUAAACAGUUAUCUCUUGCUCAUUUUUAAAUGAUAUUUAAUCAGUUAUUGUUGAUUUAAUUUCUUUGUGUCAUUUAUCCAUUAGAGUUUCAAUAGGUUUCCCUACCUUGCAUCUUCUUUUCAUUAUCUGGAAGAAGAACUUGAAAAUGAAGAGGCAACAGAUGUGGAUAAUACUUCUCAUCCCUACCUCCCCCCCCCCGAAUCAGCUUCCUAGGGAGAAUUUUUACAUGUACUAUAAAUAUAUAAAUAUAUAAAUUAAUAAAUAGAUAGAUAAAUAAAUAGAUAGAUAGAGCAAGAAAGACACAGAGGAAGAGAGAUAUUUAUCAAGAGACUAAGAAAAAUAUUCUGAUAUGUCUUUGGACUCGGUUAAUUUACCUUUUCUUUCUUUCUUUUCUUUUCUUUUCUUUCUUUUCUUUCUUUCUUUCUUUCUUUCUUUCUUUCUUUCUUUCUUUCUUUCUUUCUUUUUCUCUUCUUUGAUCAACAAUUCUACAAAACAGUUUUACUAGAAAAGAUUUUUCUGAAACUUUAUCCCCAGAAUGCUGUUUUAUUUACCAUGCAGGUGUAGAAACAGAUCUGCCAAUCCUCACUGCCAAUCCACUGGAUUCAAUUUUUGCUCUGCAUAAAGUCAGGGUUCCAUGUGUACCAAUGCAGAAUUUAUACAUGCCCCCUUCCCAACACAAACUCCCUCCAGUGAAAAAAAAAUGUUAAUUUACUACUUCCCUACAUUCACAUCCUGCAUCUUAAAACAACAAACAAACAAACAAAAACAGAUGUGGAACCAUGCAGUAUAAGGAUUUAUAAGACUGACCUUAUGUGUAACGCCUGGCAGUAUGGAUUAGUUCUAUUUCAUUAUUGUUAUUUUUAUAAUGACCCUAAAACAUGAACUCAGGGAGGGUUAAAGAAUGCACAUUACCAAAAGAACAAAGUUAACCCAAUUAAUGGGGAGUGAAGUAGAGGAGAAGGAGAGAAGGAGAAGGCAGAAUGAAAUAUUGCAUAUAUUGCAAAAACGAAAUAUUAAAAUUCAACAGGGCCAUUCAAGUCCAUGGCGCUGUCAGGAUUCAGGGCCCCAUUCGUCAGAAAAAGCAAGAAGGUCCGUGAACACAUCAGGGCUAGCUUACUGCAUUUUAAAGAAAGCAAAGUAAUGCAAAUAGACAUUACCAUCAGAAGAGGCACAUGUGGAAGACUGUUAUACCCACAGUCUUAAAAUGACCUGAUUGGAACACUGGUCAGAGGCCCACUUCUCCUUCCAUGAAGGAGAAAAACUAUGGAAGAGAAGGUUACAGAUUUUGCAAAAUACAUUCAAACAAACACAAACCAACUUGUAUAGCCAAGCAAAUGGAUUUAGGCUGUUGCCACCUUAGUAGAGGGUAAUUGCUAUUAGAUGCAGUAGGAAUUAGUUCUGAGAAUAUUAGCAUGUUUACUGUCUGCCUUUUAAACUGUCAUAAUUCUGGGCAUAGAAUUCUGGUUGCAGAAUUACUCAGAAGUACGCCCUGCUGCAUUCAUUUGGACUUAUUCUGUAGUAAGCAUAUUUAGGAUUGCAGCUCUGAGAACAAUCAAUGCAGAAUUUCAGACCUUCUGCAUAUAAUGGGAUUUGACUUAGCCAUAUGGCAAUGGAGAUUAACUAAAACUUUUAAACAAUUAAAUGUUUGGGUAAUGGAAAUACUGCUUGUCAAGAUGUUCAUUACAGAUAUGUUAUUUUCUUUCAGUAGCUAAUUAUAUGGGAAGCCAUGUCUAAAAAUACAGUUAGAAACUGUGAUUGUCUCUUUACUGUUUCUUCUAGCCUUCUAAGUAGUAUUUUUUUCAUGUUUGUUUUAUGAAAAUAAAUAAAUUUUUGGAGGUGGGAUGUAGAAUUAGAGAAGAGUGGGAUUUUUCCUUCAUUUUUAGUGGCAAUGAGAGGAUCAAACAUUCUAAAAUCUUUGAAAAAAAGAAAAUUUUAAAAUGUGCCAAGUGAAUUUGAGAGAGAAAUCAGUGGAGAAGCUACACCUCUUCUAGGUUUGUAUGUAUAAAGUGAGUUUCGUAUUUUAAAAAGAGAGAAAAUUAAAAAUACAAGAACAUUUUUUAAACAAAAUCAGUGAUUGUGCU